AUGUCAGAAGAGCAAUAUGAUCCUUACAUGUAUGAUGAUUCUCAGAGCAUCACUCCGGAGGAUUGUUGGACCGUGAUCACAUCCUUCUUUCAGGAAAAGGGUUUGGUGUCACAACAGUUGGACUCAUUUGAUGAAUUUAUUGAAUCAACAAUUCAAGAAUUAAUCUGGGAGGAUUCGCAUUUAAUCUUAGACCAACCAGCUCAGCAUACAUCGGAUAAGGAUAAUAAGAACAAGAGGUAUGAGAUUACGUUUGGUAAGAUGUAUAUCUCCAAACCGAGUCAAACUGAAGGUGAUGGUACUACCCAUCUCAUGUUUCCACAAGAAGCUAGACUUCGUAACCUUACUUACUCGGCUCCAUUAUAUGUUGAUAUGUCAAAGAAGGUUUUUGAAUCUGAUGACAAUAAUAGAAAAGAUAACGAACUUGAGUGGAAAGAGCAGAUAGUUCAGGGAGAAGAUAGCGAUAGUAAAGUGUACAUGGGAAAAGUACCCAUCAUGGUGAGAUCAAAGUUCUGUAUGUUAAGGGACUUGGGUGAGCACGAAAUGUACGAAUUGAAGGAAUGCCCGUAUGAUAUGGGGGGUUACUUUGUUAUCAAUGGUUCAGAGAAGGUCUUGAUCGCUCAAGAGAGAAGUGCAGCAAACAUUGUGCAAGUGUUUAAAAAAGCGGCGCCAUCUCCAAUUUCCCACGUCGCAGAAAUCAGAUCAGCUAUCGAAAAGGGGUCAAGAUUGAUCUCGUCUAUGCAAAUUAAACUAUACGGACGUGAUGAAAAGAGUCUGUCAGCAAGAACAAUCAGAGCAACAUUGCCAUACAUUAAAGAAGAUAUACCUAUUGUGAUUGUGUUUAGAGCACUUGGUGUUGUUCCCGAUGGUGAUAUUUUGGAACACAUAUGUUAUGAUGCCAAUGAUUGGCAAAUGUUAGAAAUGUUGAAACCUUGCGUUGAAGAAGGUUUCGUGAUUCAGGAACGUGAAGUGGCCCUUGAUUUCAUUGGUAGAAGAGGUGUUUUGGGUAUAAGGAGAGAGAAACGUAUACAAUAUGCCAAAGAUAUCUUACAGAAGGAGUUGUUGCCCAACAUAACCCAAGAAGAAGGAUUUGAAACGAGAAAGGCAUUUUUCCUUGGUUAUAUGGUCAACAGGUUGUUGCUUUGUGCAUUGGAGAGAAAAGAACCAGACGACAGAGAUCAUUUUGGUAAAAAGAGGCUAGAUUUAGCAGGACCUUUAUUAGCCAAUUUAUUCCGUAUCUUGUUCAAAAAGUUGACGAAAGAUAUCUACAACUAUAUGCAAAGAUGUGUUGAAAAUGACAAGGAGUUUAACUUAACCUUGGCCGUCAAGUCGCAGACCAUAACCGAUGGGUUGCGAUAUUCAUUAGCUACUGGUAACUGGGGUGAGCAGAAAAAGGCUAUGAGUUCAAGAGCUGGUGUUUCACAAGUGUUGAACCGUUACACCUACUCAUCCACCUUGUCACAUUUAAGAAGAACAAAUACACCUAUUGGAAGAGAUGGUAAAAUUGCCAAGCCAAGACAAUUGCACAAUACUCAUUGGGGAUUGGUGUGUCCCGCAGAAACUCCUGAAGGUCAAGCGUGUGGUUUAGUAAAAAACUUGUCUUUGAUGUCGUGUAUUUCUGUUGGUACCCCAUCAGAACCAAUUCUGUCAUUCUUGAGAGAUUGGGGGUUGGAACCAUUAGAAGAUUAUGUCCCGUCAAAUUCACCUGAUGCAACUAGAGUGUUUGUAAAUGGUGUUUGGGUGGGUGUGCAUAGAGAGCCAGCAUCAUUGGUUGAUUACAUGCGUGACCUCAGAAGAAAUGGAGAUAUUUCACCCGAGGUAUCCAUUAUUAGAGAUAUUAGAGAAAAAGAACUUAAAAUUUUCACCGACGCUGGUAGAGUUUACCGUCCGUUAUUUAUCGUUGAUGAUAAUCCAGAUUCUGAGACUAAAGGUGAUUUGAAAUUACGAAAGGAACAUGUCAAUCAAUUGUUGGAAUCUUCAUACGAUGGUUUAGAUGACGAGCCUACAUACACUUGGUCAUCAUUAGUGAGGGAAGGUAUUGUUGAAUAUGUUGAUGCCGAAGAAGAGGAAACUAUUAUGAUUGCCAUGACACCGGACGAUCUAGAAGCGUCGAAGAGUAACCUUACCGAGACUCAGCAACAAGAUUUACAAAUGGAGGAGCAAGAACUAGACCCGGCAAAGAGAAUUAAACCAACAGGUAGUAGUAAUACGCACACAUUCACACAUUGUGAAAUCCAUCCUUCAAUGAUUUUAGGGGUUGCCGCGUCUAUCAUCCCAUUCCCCGACCACAAUCAAUCUCCACGUAAUACAUAUCAAUCUGCGAUGGGUAAACAAGCCAUGGGUGUGUUCUUGACUAACUAUGCUGUUAGAAUGGAUACUAUGGCAAACAUUUUGUACUACCCUCAAAAACCACUAGCCACCACCAGAGCCAUGGAACAUUUGAAGUUCCGUGAGUUACCAGCUGGUCAAAAUGCCAUUGUUGCCAUUGCCUGUUAUUCAGGUUACAAUCAAGAAGAUUCUAUGAUUAUGAAUCAAUCAUCCAUUGAUAGAGGGUUAUUCCGGUCAUUGUUUUUUAGAUCAUAUAUGGACUUGGAAAAACGUCAAGGAAUGAAGGCGUUAGAGACUUUUGAAAAACCUUCAAGGUCCGAUACUUUGCGAUUGAAGCAUGGCACUUAUGAGAAAUUGGAUGAUGAUGGUUUGAUUGCCCCUGGUGUCAGAGUCAGUGGAGAAGAUAUCAUCAUAGGUAAAACAACGCCAAUCCCACCAGAUACCGAAGAAUUGGGUCAAAGAACACAAUAUCACACCAAAAGAGACGCUUCUACACCAUUGAGAAGUACCGAGUCAGGUAUCGUUGAUCAAGUUUUGUUGACUACCAAUGGUGAUGGUGCUAAAUUUGUUAAGGUAAGAAUGAGAACAACAAAAGUGCCCCAGAUUGGUGACAAAUUUGCAUCUAGACAUGGUCAAAAAGGUACCAUUGGUGUUACUUAUAGACAUGAAGAUAUGCCUUUCACAGCGGAAGGUAUUGUUCCUGAUUUAAUCAUCAAUCCACAUGCGAUACCAUCACGUAUGACGGUUGCGCAUUUAAUUGAAUGUUUGUUGUCGAAGGUGUCAUCACUAUCUGGUCUUGAAGGUGAUGCAUCUCCAUUCACAGAUGUUACUGCAGAGGCCAUCUCCAAAUUGUUGCGAGAGCAUGGCUAUCAAUCGAGGGGUUUUGAAGUCAUGUACAAUGGUCACACCGGUAAGAAACUUAUGGCGCAAGUCUUUUUCGGACCUACUUACUACCAAAGAUUGAGACAUAUGGUUGACGACAAGAUCCAUGCAAGAGCAAGAGGUCCUGUUCAAGUCUUGACUAGACAGCCAGUUGAAGGUAGAUCUAGAGAUGGUGGUUUGCGUUUUGGAGAAAUGGAGAGAGAUUGUAUGAUCGCUCAUGGUGCCGCAGGUUUCCUUAAAGAGAGGUUGAUGGAAGCAUCAGAUGCAUUCAGAGUGCAUGUAUGUGGUAGUUGUGGAUUAAUGACAGUUAUUGCCAAUUUGAAAAAGAAUCAAUUUGAGUGUCGUUCUUGUAAAAACAAGACAAACAUUUACCAAAUUCAUAUACCCUAUGCUGCUAAGUUGUUGUUUCAAGAGCUUAUGGCAAUGAAUAUAACCCCAAGGUUGUAUACUGAAAGUUCAGGAGCCAGCAUUCGUGUAUAG